GUUCCUUUGAGAAGACUGUAGCUGGCAGGAUCCCUGACAUUGGUGUUGCUCUCUGGCUGCCUGCUGUCUCGAGCCAUGGCUGCACAGCUGGUUGUAGCUCUGCUGGCUCUCACCUCCCUGAGUGCCGCAUCUGAACCGGACUGUAAAGAGCUGGUAAAGCCUCUGGUACUGGACAGCCACAGCCCCAUCUAUGGGAAGUGGGUGCUUCAUGUGGGGUCAUGGGACCAGUCCAGUCUGAAGAACGACUUGGUGUCGGUGAACAGCUCCUGGGUGGAACUGUCAGCUUCCUCAGACAGUGGAGUCAUCACCAUCUACUGGGCCGACCGCCUAAAUGAGGAUAAAUGCCUUCAGGGUGUGGCUAAUGCCACCAUCUCUGGAAUGACCAGCCACACCACUUUUAACAUUAAUGGUCACACUUCAUAUCAUGAUGGGAAGUACUAUGAGACCUGCGCCGACUGCCUCCUGUCCGAAGACACCACCCUCCUCCCUGACAGCGAAUCAAAGGGACGAUAUCUUUUUCUUUUUACACGGACCGGCAGUCUGGAGCCAUCUGAAUUAGAGACCUUCAAGAAGCAGGCGGAGUGUCUCAAAUUCCUCCCAGAGUAUCACUUUUCAGGCAGCGAUCUGUGUCCGGAUGACAGAGAGACUUCUGCUUCACCUCCCGCUGAGAAUACAGAGAAUGAUCAAACUGAUACUGAGCCUGCUGCAAAGUAAAGCAGAGCACAGAAGUGUCAUAGCCCUGUGAACAGUCUCCAAACACCCAAACAACUCCAGCUUAACAUGUACUAAAUAGUGUCAAAAUGUGAUCUGCUUGUGCACUGAUGUAAUCUUGUGAUAAUUUUUAAUAUGUCGUCAAGUUGCUGUCAGCCUGCAACAAAGUGUAAGCUUAUAUUGUUAUGUUAGGUCAGUAGUUUAGUUUAGUAAAUCCAUUUUAAAUGUCUCCUUUAAUGCAUCCACCAUGUUCUCACUGGUUGUGUAUGGUAAAUAAAAAAAGUUCUCAGUC